GUGGAAGGUGGUCUGUCGCUGUAUUUUGAAGUGGUGUUUGAGCCUGACCCGAUCUCUCUGUUGUGUGAGAGACACAGGACUGCAGAUUCUGUGUGAGCAGCGCACGGUAACUGGAGUCUGACUGGAAGUGCCGGCCUUCAGUUGCCUUUCACUGCAGUGGGGAAAUUGUUCACAGAGCCAAGGAGAGUCAAGGGAACAAACGUUCACAUUUCAACUUGCAGCAGCUGCAAGAUCGAAGUCGGGCGAAUCGCUUGUAGAGGUGGGACAGCUAUACCCGACUGGAAUACAAAUGGUGAUAGUUCGGGCCAUUGGCUGAGAGCUGAAGCAGAGCUGGAAUGAUCGGCUGCGUUCACCUGGUGUGCUGGGCUGUGCUUGGCUUAGUGUCUGUCUCGACAGCACGGCCAGCACUGACCUUCCCAAAUCAAGACUCCCUGAAACAGAGGCUGGAUGUGGAGAAGUACCCAGCCCACCCAGGACAGACCCUGGAGCUGCGCUGUCGCCUGAGGGAGGAUGUGCAGAGCAUUGAUUGGACCAAGGAUGGGGUCCAGCUGCCCACCAAUAACCGGACCCGCAUCACAGCCGAAUUCCUGCAGAUCACCAGCUCAGUGCGAGAGGAUUCGGGUCUCUACACGUGUGUCACAGGCGGGCCAUCUGGCAGUGAGACUUCACGCUUUGCUGUCAAUGUCUCUGAUGCUGUGUUCUCAGUGGAUGAUGAUGAUGAUGACGAUGAAGAUGAGGAUGAGGAUGACGAGGUACAUGAUGCUGACCACGAUGAAGAGAACGAUUCUGAGGAAACGGCUAAAGGCAGGAAGGAAGCACGAGCACCGUACUGGUCACAGCCGGAAAAGAUGGAGAAGCGACUUCACGCAGUGCCAGCCAUGAAGACAGUGAAGUUCCGAUGUCCCGCUGGUGGGAACCCCCUGCCAAUCCUGUACUGGUUAAAGAAUGGCAAAGACUUCAAACAAGACCACCGCAUUGGUGGCUUCAAGAUCCGAUCGCAGCACUGGAGUCUGAUCAUGGAAGGAGUGGUUCCCUCAGACAAGGCCAAUUAUACCUGUGUGGUCACAAACAAAUAUGGCAGCAUCAACCACACCUACCAACUGGAUGUUGUCGAACGCUCUCCCCACCGGCCAAUUCUCCAGGCUGGCCUGCCCGCCAACAAGAGUGUGACUGUGGGCAGUGAUGUGGAGUUUGUCUGCAAAGUGUACAGUGACCCGCAGCCGCACAUCCAGUGGCUGAAACACGCUGAGGUGAAUGGCAGCAGGCUAGGCCCCGAUGGCUCACCCUAUGUCUCCAUCCUCAAGACAGCCGGUCUUAAUACCACGGACAAAGAAUUGGAGGCUCUAUAUUUACGCAAUGUUACUUUUGAGGAUGCUGGGGAGUAUACCUGUUUGGCGGGUAAUUCUAUUGGGAUUUCCCAUCACUCUGCAUGGUUGACAGUUCUUCCAGUGAUGGAGGAGAAGCCAUCGACCCUGUCGUCUCCCGUCUACCUGGAGAUUAUUAUCUACUGCACCGGAGCGUUCCUCACGUCCUGUAUGAUAGUUGCUGCUGUCAUCAUCCGCAUGAAAAGCUCUGCCAAGAAAGCUGACUUCAACAGGCAGCUGGCUGUCCACAAGCUGGCCAAGAGUAUACCCCUCCGCAGACAGGUGUCCAUUGAUUCCAGUUCCUCCAUGAACUCCGGGGUCCUGCUGGUUCGUACAGCCCGUCACUCAUCCAGCGGUACCCCCAUGUUGGCUGGGGUCUCUGAGUACGAGCUACCUGAAGACCCUCGCUGGGAGUUUCCCCGAGACAAGCUGACUCUGGGCAAACCGCUUGGCGAAGGCUGCUUCGGCCAGGUGGUGAUGGGAGAGACCAUUGGCAUAGACAAGGACAAGCCCAACAGGCCGAUGACUGUGGCAGUGAAGAUGUUAAAAGGUGAUGCCACCGAGAAGGAUCUGUCUGACCUGAUCUCCGAGAUGGAGAUGAUGAAGAUGAUCGGAAAACAUAAGAACAUUAUAAACUUGCUUGGGGCUUGCACUCAGGAUGGCCCUCUGUACGUUAUUGUUGAGUUUGCCUCCAAGGGCAACCUACGUGAAUACCUGCGAGCACGCCGUCCCCCUGGAAUGGAAUACUGUUACAACCCCAGCCACGUACCCGUCGAGCAGCUCUCCUUCAAAGACUUGGUGUCCUGUGGUUACCAGGUAUCCAGAGGCAUGGAGUACCUGGCAUCGAAAAAGUGCAUUCACCGGGAUUUAGCUGCAAGAAACGUUCUGGUAACUGAGGAUAACGUGAUGAAAAUUGCUGAUUUUGGGCUGGCGCGGGAUAUCCACCACAUCGAUUACUACAAGAAGACAACCAAUGGCCGGCUGCCUGUCAAAUGGAUGGCCCCCGAAGCUUUGUUUGAUCGGUUUUACACACAUCAGAGUGACGUCUGGUCCUUUGGUGUGCUGCUCUGGGAGAUCUUCACACUGGGCGGCUCACCGUACCCUGGCAUUCCUGUCGAGGAGCUCUUUAAGCUGCUGAAGGAGGGACACAGGAUGGACAAGCCCUCCAACUGCACCAAUGAGCUAUACAUGACAAUGAGAGACUGCUGGCAUGUAAUGCCUUCCCAAAGACCCACCUUCAAGCAGCUGGUCGAAGACCUGGACAGGAUUCUGGCAAUGACUUCCAACCAGGACUACCUGGACCUGUCUGUCUCCUUGGAUCAGUACUCACCCAGCUUCCCGGAUACGAGAAGUUCCACAUGCUCCUCUGGUGAAGAUUCAGUCUUCUCUCAUGAGCCUCUGCCAGAGGAACCCUGCCUUCCCAAGUAUCCGGGGCACAGUAACGGAUGCCUCAAGCGGAAACACUGAGACUGUGACAUCUUGUUCCAGUCCAGCAGAACUCCUCGAGCUAGCCAUCUUACCCACUGAGUCAAACCUGGUUUCUCUGCACAGCCGUGUGUCGUGGCCUGUGGAUGUUUGUGCGGUCUUGCCCUCUGAGGCUCCUCCCACCACUGUUGACCAACGUCUGCCAGCUUCCCCUGUUUCGACAAAGCCAUGAGCCAUUUCCUGAGGUGAUCUCAGCCAUCCUAAAGCAUUCUGGGGGAGGACAGGCAGCAAUGGCAGCCUUGAGGAGCUGGACUGUGUUGAGCGCCUUUGCCUGCUGACCCCCCCCCACCACUCCCUCUCCCCCUGGUCUACAGGCCUACAAGAGGCAGCUUCAUUCAGACAAAUCUGACCAAACUGGUGGACUUGGAGCCAGUGUCGGAGGGAUGGUCAACCUCCUGUCACUGGGGAGAAAGGCUCUUCAUGGAGUGGAGGACUCGGGGGGACUUUCGACAAGGACAUGGAGGGAUCUUCCAUUGACCCCAAUCUCCCCUGCACUGUCUCGCUGUGGACUACACUGAAGUUGCUGCCUGUUUCUCCCUGUGUCUCAGAGCUGGUGUUCUGGUAGGGGACCAACAGACACUAACUGAUGCGUGUAAACAGACACUAACUGAUGCCAUGCCUUUUACACUUGGGAACUUGACUCCAACAGGGUGCAGAAUACAGCUCGACUUACUUUGUAAAUAUAGCCAAAUAUGUAUAAAUAUAAAUAUAUUUACAUGAAAUUUUUUUUUUUUGUAAAGAGAAAAGGUGGUCCCCAGGAUAUGUACCUGUAGGAGUUAACAUAUAGAUAAUCUGUUUGUGUCUUGGCUUUGUUGUUAGCUUGGGCUUUCUGCAGUCUGUCAGUAAAAAAGGGGUUCAGAGAUGAGGGCAUUCUGGUGAUGAAUUUGGGAUUUGCCAUAAAUAAAGGAAAUAUAUUGGAGCUGGAUCUGUUCUAUCAUGGGGACAUAGGAUAGCAGAGAGUUGGGUCUGAGUAUCAGCCUCUGAAUUCACUGGUCGGACGGGAUAUCAUUGUGGACAUUGGUGUGUUUUCAAUGUUUGGUUUUUCUCUCCCUUGUGGGAUAUCCCACAUGGGAGUUGUGACACCAGCUGAGAAAGUUGGCACUCUGAAACAACAACAACAACAACAACAGGUUUCUGUUGCACCUUUCUGAAAGAUACCCCAUUGCCAAGACAGGGGUGUUGGGUCAUCCUGUCUGUGCAGCCGAAUCACUCGGAUUUCAAUCCCCCCACCCCUCCACUGGGGUCAGGAUGUGCCAGUGACAGAGCUAAUGCCACACUGCCAACACCAAGAGGGGGUUCCAGUAAUCUGCCACAUUGAGAAAUCUGAGGAAAUUGGGUGAAGGCCUAUCUGACUGGAACAGCCUGUCGCCCCCCCCCCCAUCAGGAGUUUGAUGUUCAGUGAAACCCUACUCACCCAAUAGUAACCCCUCCCAUUGUACAGGGUAGUCGGUAUGAAGUUGCUGAUGUCAGUGGUUGGGCACGGCGCCAUUACAAUGAAGAUUGCCUCCCCCCACAGCCCACUCAUGCUGGUUGGCUCCAACAGCAUUGCUUCCUGUGAGCAGUAGAAACCAAGCCCACAGUGCGAAAGCAAGCAGUGUGGGCAAACCAGGAUGUGUCGCAUGAGCAGCAACAGCACAGACUUUGGUCAAUACAAGCACUGUGUGCUGCUCUCUCCCAGCUAGUGGGCACAUCAGCAAGCCAUGUCAGGUUACUGUAGUCACACUGGUCAGUGGCAGGAGAGAGGACUACUCUCCCACCCUCACUUUCUCCUACUGCUGCCCCUCUGACACCCCCUCAGGAAAUGCUGGUUGUGGACAGGUUACAGACCUGUCUGUGAAGCUGCAGUGUCUUGGUAAAUGUUCCCACACGAAGCAUGUGUCAAGACAUGACAGCACACGAGGCCAUAUUGUCUCUGCACUCGCUCUUGGGAAGAAAGUUUUAUUACCCUUACUCCCAUGUCUCCUCAACAGACCAACAGCAGCUCCUUUUUGUGAGUGACAAUUAAAACCCAGCCUCUUGGGCACAGCCGUAUCGACUUGAGUAUGAGAAUUUUUUUGUUUUUGCUUUUGCCUUUUGGGUAUUUUUUAUUUUUUGUAACAGUUAUUGUAAGUCUGUGACCUGUCGUUCCCCUUAGCUGUGGAGUCUGUUUCUCCCGGUCUGCUCUGCCACCACUUGUUGCGUGUUUGGUUUUCCACUCUGACCCCUCAGCCUCUGGGCACACAGUUGUCCUCAUUCCACAGAACGGACGAAAAUCCCCCUACCCUGGAGAUUCAGUGUCUUUGAGCUGGUAACAUUGAUUGCAGGUCUCAUCAGACUGUUGCCUUUCCUGUGGGUGAGAGUUGCUCUAGCCACUAUGUCCUGUUUGUAUCCUGUGCUCUCAAAGUAAACCAGUGUGUGCCAGAGACAGCCUUGCAGCUCGCACUCUGGGUGGUCUUUCCCUGCUCUGAGUGAAAAAUCACUGAGGGAUCACACUUCGAGUUGUGCAUGAGUAAACCUGCUUUACCUAAUUUAUUGUUUUUUUUAAAUAAAUGAUUUUUUUUCCCCUUUAUAAAUGUUUAUGCUGGUUUCAAAGUUGACCUGUAGUUAUUCUGAUAUUUACCAUUUUUGUGAUUAAAUUCCUCAUGACAUUUCA